AUCACAGAAAAGAAGUAGAAGCUAGCUACUGCACCGUUGAGGCCAAGACAGGCUAAGCAAUAGCAGUAUGAGUUCAGAGCCUUCAUCACAGUCUUCCACAAAAGCGGGAGAAUCCAACGGGAGCUCACAAAAGGAAGACCGCGAUGAUGGCUGGCGCUUUGUGGCAUCGCUGUUGUUGUUGUGCCUUAUUGGAGUGCUGCCGGGAGCACUGGCUUGUGGACUGGUGACGGCGCUGCUUAGCCCUUCGGAGUCAGACGUCUCUGCUACGACAAACGACAGCACAGCUAAACAUUUCGCAUGCACCACCAAUGACUGCAAGGUCCUGGAGCAGUGGCUGAGGGUGAAGAUGGACCAUACAGUGGACCCUUGCCGUGAUUUCUACCAGUUCGUGUGCGAUGAUUACAAGGGUCCAUAUCUAACGUACAAACGGACAUUGGAGAUUGCACGCAUUGCGAAAUCUGCCGCUCGCGCCACAACUGUGCCCGCCACAGGACAGACCGCUUGGCAGAAGGCGGUGGCACUCUUUCAGGCCUGCUUGACGAUGGUCAACUCCAAGCGUUACGAGACCAAGGACCUCAUAGCGUGGAUGACUUCGCUAGGCUUGGAUUUGAAUAAUCUCACACAUUCCGACCAGUUUGACCCAUUGGACAUGGUGGUGCGCCUCUCGCUCGACUUCGGUGUCCCAGUCUUCGUUGAAGUCACUUUUGAUGGCAUGUUCUUGGUCAACAACAAACGUUUGCUUAUUUUAAAGCUAAACGACGCGGAUGCUCAUAGCUUUCUAUACCAAAUAAAUGGGGGAAGCUCGGACAUGAAGUCUAUUUGGAUGGUGCUCAAUAAGUACGACGUUCAUAUCAGCAGAAUCAAUGGACUCUACGAAGAAAUCAAGAAAUACGAGUCUCAGCUUAUUUCACUACUUACGUCGAUCCUGAUAACGAAAGGAGCAACGGAUAUCAUUAGUGGACCCAUUGAAGACAUGGGCGAAGUGACACAACCAGUCAUCAGUGGUGAAAUGUGGGCCGGAUCCAUUGCAAAGUACACGAACGGGUUGUACCAAGGCAGCGAUAUGAUGCGCUGCCACAAGCUAACGCUGCUGUUUCUGUCAAAUUCCCUCAAGUCCAAAGACGUUGGCUCAAAUGGAAUGCGGUGCUAUAUAGCCUGGAGCCUGUUUCGCCAGAUGGUAAAUUACACGGAUCCCGAUUUCUUGGCUAAGGACAAAAACCCCGAAGACAUUUGCUACAAGCACGUCAACAGGGUAAUGGGGUACGCUAUCAGCAGCCGGUUCUUUCAUUCAGUGAUCAGCAAGAAGACAUUCAUCGAGGUUAACGAAAUGGCUUCCAACAUUCGCAAGGCCUAUCAAGCGGCAUUCCGUUCGUCAACGUGGAUGACGGGGUCAGUAAAGGAAACCGCCCUACGAAAAAUUACGAAUAUGCGGCCACAUAUUGGUGCACUUGGAGGGCUGCUGGAUGCCGCCUACGUGGAGAAAUAUUACGCAAGCAUUCCAGACUUGCCUACUGAUCGUUUCUUUAAAUCUUGGCGGGAGGCCGCAGCAGCAUCCAUUCACCAAGCUUCGGCCGACAGUACGAUGCUGCUCAAUCUGCAGACUCAGAUGAACGCGUUUUACGUGCCCGAGUUCAACAGACUCUUCGUCCUUCCAUCGAUUCUGCUCCUCAACACCCUUUUUACUGACGGUCCUGCUGCCUUCAACUACGGUAGCCUCGGCACGAUUAUAAGUCACGAGAUGAUGCAUGGCUACGACGUCGACGGAUCGCGGUAUGACGAGAACGCCAAGCUGAGGCGUUGGCUUUCGCCUGAAUCAACCGAGCACUACGUGAACACCACGCUCUGCUUGCGGGACAUCCAUGUGGACGUCCUUCGCCGAAGCCAAGAAGUCCUAAACGAUACGAUAGACUCGGAAAACCUCGCCGACUUAGGGGGAACAACGAUGGCAUACUCCGCGUUUAGGUCACUGCCCCCCUCGAAGAGAGACACCACGCUGCCUGGCGUCACCAUGACAGCGAACCAGCUAUUCUUCGUUGGCUAUUGCACAAAAUGGUGCGAGGAACAAACAACGGAACCGCCGCCCUGGCUCUCUGGCCGCCGCCCCUACGCACCUCGCCGUUCUCGGUGCAUCGUGCCUCUUAUGAACAUGCCUGAGUUUUCGGAUGCAUUCAACUGCAAGCUGGGGUCGUACAUGAACCCGCCAAACAAAUGCAAUUUCUGGACGUGAAAGUGCGACAGCCAACGCGUCCGUUGUGUCAUUCUGUACCUUUCACUUAAUAAAAGAUCCAUGUU